AUGGCCGACACCAACUCUACCGACCAACAGGAACUCCAAACUCAAUUGUUCUUUCACUUGAUCAGCAAAGACGACAAGAAGGUGACCCAACUCUGCAGUUCUCAUCGUGAAGGCCCGCUACAGAGAAUUAGUGUUUACAAUGACACAGUCCUCCAUAUGGCCUCUCGCUUCAAACGAAGUAAACUGGUACGCGACUUACUGGAAAUGUUGCCUAAAGACUGCAACCAUGAACUUGCCGAUACAGAAAACAACGCCGGCAGCAAUAUACUCCACGAAGUAGCCGCCAGUGAUACUAUGAUAAAUGUGGCGGAGGAGAUGUUGAAGAGAGAUACAGAGUUGCAAAUUGCGCGUAACGACUUAGGAGAGACGCCUAUUUUUUGUGCAGCCCGCUACGGCCAAACUGAAAUGUUUAAGUUUCUGGCUGGGGAAAUGAAACUAACGGAACGAAAUCCAGAAGAUGGUAAACAGUAUUUGCAGAGGAAUGAUAGAACAACAGUUCUUCAUAUUUCCAUCUUCACCGAGUGUUUUGAAUUGGCCCAUUUUAUUGCGGAGACCUUUUCAUAUUUAAUUGAAGAAAGAGAUCAAGAUUCAAUGACUGCUCUUCAAUAUCUUGCAUGCAAUCCAAUUGCAUUUGAAAAGAAGAAAAUAAAAACGAGACGAGGAUUCAUGGAGGAACUCAUGAUCUCAACAGUACUGACACAAGGACUCAUGGAGAUACUCAUUAAAUCCAAGUGGCCCCCCAAGGAUAACAGCAAGACAAGUGAUGAAAGAAAGUGAAGUCAGCCUGUAAGAUGCAUUUGACCAAGCCUCUCAACAAAGAUAACCAGACUGCUGAAGAAUUAUUUGCUGCUAGGAAUGAGAGACUCCAUCGAGAUGCCAAGGAAUGGCUAAUGCGCACCACUGAGAAUUGCACCAUUCUUUCUGUUUUCAUAGCCACUGUUGCCUUUGCAGCAGCCUACACGGUACCAGGAGGUCCUAAUCAAGACACCGGUAUUCCAAUCCUUAACUCUAAACCCUUGUUUGUGGUUUUCAUAUUAGCUGAUGUGUUCUCCCUCACUUUGGCUUUGACAUCUGUGGGUAUAUUUCUCUCCAUCCUUACAUCCUCAUUUCCACUACAAGACUUCGAAACAUAUCUUUUUAAGAAGCUGAAACAGGGAAUUAUAUGUAUGAUCCUCUCGGUCUCAAUGAUGGCGGUGGCGUUUGGAGCAACAAUCAUCCUGAUCAUGACACAUAGUAGGAAAAAUGCUGUUUGGAGUGUGGUUGGAUUUCUUCCUGUCCCCAUUUUUUUUCUCUCAUAU